CCUAACCUUUUUUUUCAGUGCAACUUGCUAUUCGAUCUUUGUUUUUUUCAGUCAGAACCAUUGUCAGGGAUUCCAAUGUUGAUGCUGGUCACUACACGAGACAUCUCUAUAAUAAGCAGAUCUGUUGAAAGUGCUCUGCGAGAAACAGCAAUGAGCGGAGUUCACCUGGUAGUCUCGGUGACAGACCCGUCUGAAGAUAUAAUGGAUCUCUUGCAAGGGUAUCCACUCAAGAUUCACGUUGUUAAUAAUCCUCAUAAAAAUUCCUUCAGGUCAGAAGGUGUCAGAUUUCUAAGAAAACUCAUUCCAAGAUUUUCACUUUUGGAAAAUUUCAAGAAUAUUAUUGAUGAAUUUUCUGGCACAAAUGUUUGCAUGAAAGAUACAAUAAGUCCGGUAAUAAAUAUUUUAAACACCGGACCGAACCUCACAGAAACGACGAAGUACCAACCAACUAUGAAGGAAUUACAAGAAAAGAAAGGAGGAGUUCCAUAUGAAGAACAUCCUUAUAAUCCAAUAUAUCGAAAAGCAGUAAUUAACUCAAGAAAUGAACGUACAGGAACGGCAACCGAGGGUAUGAGUGUAGACCAACUAGUACAGAAUGGAAGAGGACUUCAAGAGGAGAGUCAUUCACAGUGCCAGAGGAGCAAAAACUUAAAAGACGCUCUUCAGUUUGUAAAAACUACAUUUCCUGAGUUACAGUACCUUAUGCUACUAGAGACCGGCUAUACUCUCUCGCCCAACUUUGUCAGUUAUUUCAAGCAAACACUUGAAGCUAUGCAGGAAGAUCCAUCUAUCUACUGUAUUUCUGCCCACAACCCUCUAGCCUCACCCUUGACAUCCGGAGAUAUUACCAGAGUGUAUCGUUAUGAUCACUUUGUUGCUAAAGCAACUUUAAUUCCCUCAAAAGUUCUGAGUGAAAUUUUGAAAGAUUUUGUGAUUUAUGAAGAGACAUUACCAGUAAAUAAGUCGGCUUUGGAAUCCUUGGAGACGUGGCUGUCUUGGUGGAGCCGACGAAGAAGACGUGGAUGUGUUGUGCCAGAUGUGCCCAGGAUAUGUUACCUGCAUGAUGCAUAUGUUGAUGAUAAGUCUAAGGAGAUGAAGGUAUCACACAAGAAUCAUCCUAUUUGCCUUCAAGAAUCUCAAGUACUUCUUGUAAAUACCUCUAGGUUGCUUCACUAUAAAUAUAGUCAAGACCUCUUUAACACCAUCAGUGCAGCAGAGCCACUUGGUAGCAGUAUCAUUGACUGUAAUGAUCCCAAUUUCUUCCCACAAAACAUGGUAAAGUAUUGCCAGAUUUUUAACAUUAUAUAAAUCAAAACCUGCUGAGCCUUGCAGAAGGUUCAAAAGGUUUUUUAAUUUUUAAAACUGGUUGGGUUGUCAUAAUAUUGGUAGAUAUGUUCAUGAACAUGACUAAAUCUUUAUGUACAGGAAGUCCUCAACCUAAGUAGCAGGGAAAGACUUAUUAGUAUAAUGAAAGAAAGCACUAAACAGGGAAAGACUUAUUAAUUGUAAUACAGUGUACCUAGUUAUAUUGAAGGGCUAGUAACCCCUUCUCCUGUAUACAUUACUUAAGUUAUGAAGGGAAACUUUUGUUUUUUUUUUGGGGCCACCCUGCCUCGGUGGGAUAUGGCUGGUUUGUUGAAAGAAGAAUGAAGUUAUAUUGAACUGUUGAGGGCACAGCUGCUUUGAUUCUGUCAUAAGAAUUGAUCAUGCUUAUGGCAGGGCUGUGGCAUCGGAGUCGAAAGCAAUUCUUGGGUUACUGGAGUUGGAGUCGGUAAAAUGUGAUUAAAGGAGUCCGAGUUGCAAUAAAUAAAGGAGUCAGAGUUGAAGGUUUUAUGUGCCAACUCCAGAGCCCUGGCUUUUGGAAAGAUGCAAAUUGUGUUAACCCUGCAUUUCAGUUAUACAACACCUGGUCAAGAAGUGUAGAUUUUAAGAUUACAUUUAUUUGUUGGAGUGGCAGGUGGUUGUCUGAUUAAUGUGGUCAGUGGUUGAGGUGUGUUGGCUCAGGACACUACACAACCCAGCAUGCAAAAACCCUUGCCACUGCCUUCCUACACACACCUGAUGCUCUCAUAACAGCAAGAGA